CACUUCGAAGCUCCAAUCUACAUGACUAACGAGGAACAAGCUCAUCGGUCACCUGCCGCUAUGCAUACUCAAGAUCUGCGAGGGCAUUUUGCCGUGCUGUCACUUGUGAGCUGGUCCAGAGAUAUUAUUUCUACGAUGAAUGAAGGCGAUGUACUUCGUAGAGCAUUCAAGGACUAGGUACUUGGCAUUUCCAGCCUGACAGUGUUGCUGACAGUGGCUUUCCCGCACCCAAGCACGGUUGAGUUGCCUUCUAGCAGUUUCCAAGGAUUGAAUUCUUCUUUAACAUAUCUAGUAAUCUUUGAAAUCAUAACUAGAUACUUCUAUGGAAGGCACGCGGAAACUCAGCACGAAAGGACGUAUCAACGAUCGUCAGCCUUGUCAAAGCAUACCAAUUGAGCAACGCGAGAUAUUGUCGGUCGGCCGACCGUUAUGCACUGGAUGCCGAAAGUUGCUAUCGACGCUUGACCUGGCUACUGCGAGGGUCAAAUCCGAAGCUGGGGUGCAGAAUGAUGGAGUUUACCAUUACAAGGAUCCAGUGUAUAAGUCUGAAGAUGCGUGUCGCGUCUGCGCCUUUUUUGCACUCGUUCUCGGCACGAGCGCUGUUGAGUAUUCAAGUGCAUCUGUCAGGAUCAGAGUGGUCGACUUGCCUAUAGUUUCAUUCGAGAUCAGUCUGCGGCGGCGGAUAGGGAACGGUUUCGGUACGACACAACUUCCACGUGAGUGGUCUCAUUCAAUCCUGAUAUGGUCAUCGGAACCAUUACCAGGUAAACCCGAUUUCGAAGGAGCAGAUACUACAAUGUCGAGACAGGACGACGCAGCACCCGAAAACAUCGCGAGACUACUAGAAGGCCGCCUGCCCUUCCAAAAGGCAAAUGACAACCAGAUGUUUGAGUGGCUGAGAAAUAGGCUUAAGGUUUGCCGAUCUCAUAAAGAAUGUCAGAGGUCUCUAGAAGCUGUUCCAUCGAGCCACCGAACACCUCUGCCGACUCGCGUCUUGCUUAUCGAGCGCAAUGACCCAUGCGACACAUUCACGAUCCGUCUGCAGACCAUUGUCGGCCAAUACGGUGACUACCUUGCUCUCAGCCACUGUUGGGGCCAGGCUGGGGUGCCGUUGAGAACGACAAAGGAAAAUCUGACAAAGCACACGCGGGCCAUCGAGUUCGAUGCUUUGCCACCAACGUUUCGAGACGCGAUUACAGUGACUUCCGAACUUGGGUACAAUUAUCUAUGGAUUGAUUCGCUAUGUAUCGUUCAAGACGACGAGGUAGAUUGGAACCGAGAGGCGAACCGCAUGGGCAUCGUAUAUGCUAACGCUCAGGCGGUUAUAGGCGCGUCACACGCUAAAGAUGCGAGUUAUGGCCUCUUCAUGACACGGACGCCAACCAAAUCCUGGUUUACUGUUCGCAUGGAAGCUAGGACAAGCGAUUCGGAGACUUGCGAGCUGACAUUGGCCGCUCCUGACUCAACCCACUCAAGGAGAUGCGACCCUACAAAUGGCCCGCUUGCGCAGAGAGCUUGGGGUUUCCAGGAGCAGGCAUUGGCUAAAAGAGUCCUGUGGUUUACAGACGGUGAAGUGGUCUGGCAAUGUCGCAGGGCUGUGGUGUCUGAGACCGGAGUCCGACUGCGCACCAUUGAUUGGGAGAAGGAGCUCACUGACUGGCUGUGGGUAAUCACACAGUACUCAAGUCGACGUGUGACGAAAUUCCGGGAUAGGCACAUUGCUCUGUAUGGGCUUGUUGAACUGAUUCGGGAACUCAACCCUGGCUACCGAUACGAACAUGGGACAUGGAUAGGCCCUUGGGACGAGCCUGUUGCAUGGCAAAGCCAAAUGUUCCCUGCGCAGCCUAAAUCAACCGAGAAGGAUUGGAUCCACCAACUUCUGUGGUAUCGUUGCUUUAGAAUCAGCACAUGGAGUAUAAAAGAGUUAGAAGCACUAGAAGCAUCAUCUCGCAAAAGCUGGUCAUGGAUAUACCAACCAGGACCUGUCAAGUUUCUUCGUAGCUUUGACACAGAAUUCAGCUUGCCAGAACAAAUGUUCCACCUCCGCCGCAGCAACAUCGAGCUAGCAGACCGUGGCAUGCUCAAGGCGCACGUCGUAUUAUGGACAGCUCUCAAAUACGAAGCUCGACCCCGAAGGGGCCCACAACACCGAUUCUUCCCAACAAAGGAACAGAAGAAGAAAGAGCAUUCUCCUCCUUUUCUCCUCAAACCUUCCGAGACAGGAGAAGAAUUUACUGCGCUCUACUCAAGCCAUGGCCCCGAGUCACGAUUCCCAAACAUUCACGGCGUACAUAACGCAUUCCGUUCGUACAUCAGUACCCUGCUGCCUGGUAUAACAACCGGUGACAUCGGCCCAGGCGCCUACAUUAUUGGCAGCGGCAUGGGCAUAUCCGCGAGCCGGUGCUGCGGCUGGGCCAUCCUGGACGACGACAACGCCCUCCUAGACGCCAGCUCGUACCAGCACGCAGAAAAAGAGUUCUUCAUCGUCCCGCUAAUGAGUUGGGUCACGCGCUCCGCGCUCAUGAACGAAGCCCCACUCCACCAAGUUCUCAUCCUUGAGCGUCUGCACCUCGGCCGCAACAAUGAAGCCCACAGUCUGCGACUCAGAGUGGACGACCCCCGAUACAAGCGUAGUCGUUGGCACAAGCCUACUGAGACUGCGGACGGGAAGAGGAGUGCCACGUGGAUUCCAACGUUUGCGGGUAUACCACGGCCGACAGGUUUCCAACAGCAUGCUGGCACGUUUCGUCGGAUUGGGUGCGGAGUUAUGUAUGCGGAUGCUGGUCUUGGGGCUGCGGAUGAUGAUUUCCGUGAGAUCACUAUCAUUUAGAAAGAUCUGCGGUGCCCACGAAGAAGAUCGUUUUUUAUGAGGCAUCACUAUCAACGUUGUGCUGUUGUUAUAACGUGCACUGCAGGGCAAGUCUACUUGGUGUGAUGCCUCAUAAAAAACGAUCUUCUUCGUA